UAUACCGAAAGAGGGUGGACUCUGGAGAAGAGCUGAGGGGUUUUGAGAUGUAGAGCACAAAGACAAGAGACAAAAGAAAAAAGAAAAAAAAGCUAUUUGUGAAGAUGAAGCCGAAGGCUCAAUGUCCGUGUGGAUGUGAUAAGUCCUUAGCAUCCUGUGGGUCUAUACAUAGGAAUAUUUUGUCAGUAGUUCACCAUGGGUCCUAAUCAAGUGAUGACUUUUUGGUUAAUUCUGGUCUACUCAGCAAAAGCCCAGGGCUUUUCCAUCAUCGCCCAUUCCCAGGAUGUAGUGCUCACUGAAGGUGAUAGUCUCACCUUGUUAUGUCAAAGCGAUGGCCAUUUCGAAUUCUGUGAUUGGAGAAAAUCAGGGUCCAAAGAUUAUUGCAAGUUUGAGUGGAAGCGGUCCUCGGGUGGAGUUAAACGGCAAGGUUGCUCUUGGGGUCUUAGGCAACGAAUGAAAUAUACGGGAAAUUAUGGCCAAAACGAAUGUAAAGUUCAUUUGCAAGAUAUCACCUUAGAUGAUGCGGGUCAAUGGAUUUGUGAGGUUGAACAAUAUUCAUUUUGGAACACGGGCACCAGACGCCACCAAAGGAUAAAUUUGAACGUUCAAGCGACACCAACUACAACAUCAACCACAACUACAACUACCACCACAACAACAACAAUAACAACAACUUCAACUACAACCACCACCACCACUGCAACAACAACAACAACUACUACUACUUCUACUACUACUUCCACCACCAUCACCACCACCACCACCACCACAACAGCAACAACAACAGCAACAACAACAACUACUACUAUUACUACUACUACUACUAAUACUACUACUACUACUACUACUUCCACCACCACCACCACCACCGCCGCAACAACAACAACAACAACAGCAACAACACCAACAACACCGAUGAUAACGACGACAUCAACAGCAACAUCGAUGGUAGUGGAACUAACUAAAGAUAUAACAAUACUAAGGAGUGAUUCAAACACCACAACAUCUCCAUUGUUGAAGGUAAUUGACAGUAACCAAAAGCGGGGCAAUGAAAUGCCUUUCACCUCGAAGAUUGUUGCUCUCUUGGACAGCGUUUCCGUAUCCACCAAUCUUCAACCAGAUUCAUCAACACGAGGGACAACCUCUCAAUCGGAUCAAGCCAACAAAGUGGACACAUCCAGCAACAUCACCGAGUCGAGUCAGACAUUGUUGACGCCACCGUUUUCAGACGGCAAAUAUUUGGACUCUCCUCAAGAGGUGGGACCUUCUUCCGUGGCAAUGGACAGCGACGCAAAUAGUCACAAGGUCACUCCCAAGAGCUCGUCAGACUCCAAUACAAUGGUGACCAGACUUGCCCUUCCUAUUGCUUUGAUCGCAUCUUUGUUGUUGAUGUCUUUGGUGAUUGGCACGCUGAUCUCUUGCUGGAAAUGCUCGACCAAGAAGGAAAUUUACCGUUUCGACUCUGAAAAGGAAAAGAGGAAACCAUCCAAGAAAGAGCGUGCCACUACAAUGCAAAUGAGCUUGUUGGAAUAUGAUGAACAGGAAGACCCUGAGCUGAAUCCUCCGUCAUUUAGAGACGUGAGAUUGCUCAUGAGCCAACCGUGCCAUUCGUUUGAAGAAGUACGAAGCGGAAGUUUGGACGUCUAAAAUGUUAAAAAAAGUCAUUUCACUCAAAAAACUGCACAACUCUAGUCGUAUUUUGUCGAAGGGAUAAAAGUGCAUGAACUUUUGGGAGUGCGUCAUGGAUGCCAUGAAGAUAUGUUUAUAACACUUUUGGAUCUUGAUGUUAUUCGUCAAAAAAAGAUUUUAUUCUUGAUGUA